AUGGCUCCCGCCCAACGGUGCCGCAGCUCGCCCGAAGUUUCGCUCGUCAGUCCCAGUCUGGUAGCCUCCAUCAUGUGGAGCACAGAAAUAAGCCUAGGGAGUGAUCAUCUCCCAAUCAACUACAGAACGGAUGGACACUGUCUCAAAAUUCUACGCAGGAAGGCCCCUACGCGCGUCUCCGCAAACACAGUUCAUGACCUGCUGUUCGCGGACGACUGCGCUCUCAACACCACAACCGAAGCGGACAUACAAAGGAGUAUGUAUCACUUCGCCGCAGGAUGUGCAAAAUUCAGUCUCACCAUCAUCACGGAGAAAACGGUGGUCAUGCACCAACCGCUGCAAGGUGCUGACUACAAUGUUCCACGCAUCAACGUCAACUGCGCCGAGCUCAAGGUCGUGGACAACUUCGCCUACCUCGGCAGCACGCUAUCCCGCAACACUCGAAUCGACAACGAGGUUACUCGUCGGAUCUCCAAAGCUAGCCAAGCCUUCGGCCGGCUCCAAUCCUCUGUAUGGAAUCGUCACGGUUUCCAAAUGUCAACGAAACUGAAGACGUACGGGGCCGUCGUGUUCACAACAUACUUGUGCGGAGCGGACACUUGA